CAGAAAAGUACAAGGUAGAGACCAUGGUGAUUUUAAAGGCUGAACUCAUUGGCGUGGGACCCCUCAGCCAUUUCAUUUUGUUUUAAGAAUUUGGAGUCUUCCCAUUCUUCAAUUUGUCUUUGCAAAUCUCAAUUGACUCCCACUUUUGGAAAUUCAUUCAGUGAUCAUCAUUAUCAUUAUCAUCCAUUUCUUUCUCUGAAGAGUCCCACCUCACACACCAUGGUUUUAGAGGACCAUGAAAUGCCUAAUGGAUGGCCACUUGGACUGGGAAACUUGAACAUGAGACUUCGAGUGACAGAGAGCUUACAUCCUGCUGCAACAGAACCACAUCCUUUACACACACCUUCGUCCAGUUGCUCCUCAUUUUCAUCCUCUAACCUUGAUACAGAGUUUGUUCUGUGUGAGAUCAACCAGUCUACAGCAUCUUUCUUCCAAGACCAUAGCGUGUCACUGGGCCGGCUAAUUGGAAUUAGGUCAAGGGAAACAGGAUCCGUGUACUUCCCAAAUGCAAGCCGGUUUGAACAACGCGAGAGUCUAUCAGAGAGAAGAUCGUGCUUGGAUGUCCCCGGGGAACACGGAGAAGAAAUGUGUCAGGGAGUUUGUGUUCCGCUAUUGGUUACCAUCUUGGUGAAGAUGAGCCGAAGUAGAAGCAACUCAAGGCGGUGAACUCAACAACUCGGAAAAUUACAUGUUUGUUCAUAUUUUACCAAAAGAAUUGACUGUUGUAUCAUGUAUAAGUUCUGUUGCAUGCUUGUGUUUUAAAUGAAUGAUUCAAUUGUUGUUAGUUUGUAUGGAUUUUUACAUUAAAAAAUUUGAUCCAAGACGACAAGUCAAAAGGUAAGUUGUUAACCUA